ACCUUUAUCAAGCAGAUGCGGAUCAUUCAUGAUCAACAUUACUCUGAAUCAGACCGGAAAGCCUUUUCCACAGGGGUGUAUGACAACAUCAUGAGUGCCAUGCAAGCAUUAAUCCAAGCCAUGGAGAACCUGAACAUCGAUUAUGGCAAUAAAGAAAAUAAGCACCUUGCAGAUCUAAUCUCAAAUGUGGAAGUAAAUAAAACAUUCGUACUGGACAACAAGUAUGCAAAAACCAUUAAAGACCUCUGGGAAGAUGAUGGAAUUAAAAGGUGCUAUGACAGGCGUAAUGAAUUUCAUUUGUUGGACUCAGCAUCUUACUUCUUCACAGAAAUUGACCGAAUUGCUGCUGAAAACUAUAUUCCAACAGAACAAGAUGUUUUACGGAUGAGGGUCAUCACCACUGGAAUCACUGAAUAUGUCUUCCCUUGGAAAAAGAUGAAUCUAAGGAUUGUGGAUGUUGGUGGACAGAGAUCUGAACGUAUAAAGUGGACUCACUGUUUAAAUAAAGUUUUUGCAUUGAUAUUUCUGGCCUCACUUAGUGAAUAUGAUCAACGUCUCGAGGAGACUAAUGAAGAGAACCGAAUGAAAGAGAGCAUUGCCUUAUUUCACACUGUUGUUGAUUAUAAAUGGUUUCAGAACACCUCAGUCAUCCUAUUCCUAAACAAGAAAGAUAUUCUGGAAGAAAAGAUCCUGACAUCUAAUGUGGUGACCUACUUUCCUGAGUUCAGAGGCCACACAAAAAGUGCUUCAGAUGCUAGGAAUUUUAUUUAUAAACUCUAUGAGAAUGAAUUCUUAAAGGUUAUGGCUAAAAAGAAAGCAAUGAAAGAAGUUGUGAAAGAAAGAUCACUUUUCAGACAUUUCACCUGUGCUGUUGAUAAAGACAACAUCACCAAAGUUUUCAAUGAUGUGAAAGACACUGUUCUGAUCAAAUAUCUGGAUGAAAUGGGUUUAUUUUAAGAUCAAGAACGUUUCUAAAGUUUUCAUUGAUGUGAAAGAGUCUGUUCUGAUGAAACAAAUGAUUGAUAUAGAUUUCCUGUUUUAAUGCUGUUUAUAAUAUGGACAAGGAAAACUAACCAGUCAGAUUGUCAUGCACCUGUGCUUGAAAUGUGUCCGUACAUAAGAUUAACCUAGAACAGGGCAUCUAGAUUUCGUAUUCAAAGAUCUUUGCCUUUUCAAAGCCUUCCCAAUCUCACUGGCAGAUGUUCUUUUUUCUCACCACUAGCCCCGACGUGCAAUGGAAGAAGACUGCAGUUGGCCUCCACAAACUUUUAACAAAAAAAGCAGAAAAGACCUUUAUAACAAUGGCAAAACUGAUAGAAAAAAAGUGACUUAAGAAAGCCUGAUGCUCUACUAGAAAUCUAAUAAAGCUUGAAAAUGUA